AUGGUCCUGAUCGUGUACCCAACGAGACCAGGCCUUCAGACGAUGGGCGCCCUCGUCACAAUGUUCUGCAUCUGGGUGAUCGCCUUCACCCUCGCCUCACCUCUCUACAUCUUCCGGAGCCUUAAGACCCACUACCUCGGUCUUAUAGGCAUGGAUUCUCUCAGUUUCUGCAUAGAAGACUGGCACAUCAAAAACGGACGAGCCAUCUACUCUGGCUUCAGUCUUAUCUUUCAAUACCUACUCCCCGUCUUAGUCGUAGUUCUUGCACAUGUCCAAAUUCAUAGAAGACUUAGAGGAAGACGGCGGACCACGAGGAAAACCCCUGCCAUACUAAUAGCCAUCGCCGUGACAUAUGUCAUAAGCUGGCUGCCAUUAAACGUGUUCAAUCUCGUAGCAGACUUAAGUGCCGAGCCUUUUAUGGAGGAGAAAACGAUGACAAUAACAUACGCCGUCUGUCAUAUGUUCGGAAUGUCCAGUGCAGUGUCGAAUCCCUUACUGUACGGGUGGCUGAACGACAACUUCCGUAAAGAAUUUGAAGAAAUACUUUGUUGCUGUAAAAAGAGACAGCUGACCAAGAACACGAGGAUAAAGAGUCGGAAGAUGGACACUGAGCUGACGGCACUCGCGCAGUUGGAGCACACUGUCACCGCGAACACGAAGACGUCACAAUGCUCUCAGAUUUUCUGA